AUGAAGUGCAGCGCUUUCGUCGCCCUCCUGGCGGCCGCGGUCGCCCCCCGCGCGAACGCCAGUUUGCGCCGCGGCGUGCUCGGCGAGCAGGAGCAGCAGCCGAUCGUCACAGCGAGCGCCGGCGAGCUGAACAACGACGCAAAUUUUGCGGUGUCCGCGCAGGACGACACGCCGGCCAGGCCGCCGGGGUACCGCGCAGCCUGGGACGACUGCGGCGGCGUGGGCGCUUCCGCCACAGAGCGCAUGCGGUCCAUCUCGGCCAGGACCCUGAUCAAGGGCUGGGCCAAGCCGCUGCCCUUCCAGCGCCACGCGGCGCAGGACUGCGGGCACGCCGCGGCCGACGAGUUCGGCACGCUGCCCGGGCCGGGGCAGCAGGUCAAUUAUCCAGGGCCAGAGGUGCACGCUGCGCAGGACGACGCCGGCCUGAAGACCGCUGCCGACACGCUCGCCAAGUACCCGCUCGUGGCCAAGUAG